AUGGCGCAGACGGACCGUGCGGCUCUGGUUGUCCUAUAUGUCGCGACCAAUGGAACAAGCUGGAAGAACAACGAUAACUGGAGCACGGAAUCCAAUCUGUCGCUAUGGCACGGGGUCAAAGUCAACGACCAGGGCCGUGUUGUGGACCUUAGUCUGGGCUACAACAACCUCCGAGGUCCCAUCCCGCCGGAGAUAGGAGACCUCGUUGCAAUGACUGGCCUCUACCUUAAAGGAAACACGCUAAUCGGCGAAAUUCCUGCUUCGCUAGGACGGCUUGGCAACCUAAGAGGGCUUACUCUUGCGGAAAACAACCUGACCGGACCUAUUCCCAAGGCGCUCGGGAAUCUCAGCAAGAUGGAGUCGCUUGACCUCGUCGCAAACCAGCUCACAGGCCCCAUCCCGCCGGAGCUGGGGAAACUUUCACAGAUGGUGACAAUAAAUCUAUGGGGCAACCAGCUGAGUGGACCGAUCCCGCCGCAGCUGGGAGACAUGUCGGCGUUGACAUCCCUCGCACUUGAUGGAAGCGACCUAACCGGACCGAUCCCGCCGCAGCUGGGACGCCUUGCUGCCCUGGAGCGGCUCACCCUCUCACGAAACCGACUAACAGGUCCAAUACCCAAGGAGCUGGGAGACCUCUCCAAGCUGAAGGUGCUUUCGCUGAGCAAGAACAGCCUUACAGGGCCCAUCCCCGAGGAGCUGGGAGCUCUCUCCAAGCUGCAGGAACUUUCGGUGGGCGACAACAUGCUUACAGGGUCCAUCCCUUUGCACGUGACCAAGAUGAAAAACCUCACGGCGUUCGAAGUUGGCGGCAACAUCGGGCUUUCACGAUCCUCAAGGCCGUUCCCCACAAAGGAUCACCAAGGCGUUCUGCUAGAAGCUCCGGUCUCGUCGGAAGGACCCGACUGUCUGGAGUUCGGCGACUACGCGGACGUGCUGGUGGAGCGCAUGACUGACCCCGCGGCGUGGCCGGUCGGCGUCGGCGUGUACGCUCAGUGGGGCGCUGGCAAGUCCGCACCGACACCGUCACCGGAGUGGUGGUUCAUACGAUGGCUGUGGACGACCACCGGAGGAUCCGUGGUCUACGCGUUGUGGGCGGGCCUGGCGAGUGCGGUCUCCUGUCGCUGCUGCCGUUCUCCUGCACGCGACGAUCGAGUCAACGACGUGGAGGACGGCCUUGGGUCAACUUCUGCGGACCAGCCUGCUCGUGUGACGAGUGUUGUUGCGUCCUUCGACGCGUGGCUGUUCGCAGACUCCAAGGUUCUGUGGGCGGUCCUCAUCAGCGAAAUAUUUCAUCAGGUUGAAGAGCACCCAUGCUUCGGGAAGGGUGCUGUGCGAGCAACCCGAGUACGCCAUGCGGUGACAUCGUCCACGUGCUCAGACUGGUGCCUUGUGAUAUUUACCGCAGUUAUCGUGGCUGGCGUCGUUGCGGCUGCGAAGUUGGCCGCCGAACAGAUUGCAAACAUGCAGGAAGUGCUGGAGCAGGUGGUGGCCACUGCAGGGCUGGCAGCGGUGCCGAUCUCUCUCCUGCUGUGGAUUUUCAAGGUUCUUCCUGUGGUGUUCAAAGGUCAGGGGGAGCUCAUCGUUGAAGAGGCGCAGUCAAUGGGAGACGAGAGCGUGGGGAUCGCCCACCUAGGUUUCAUGGCCGAUGUCCGAGACGAACUAGAGGUGCUUCUCGGCAUGCUGGAACAAAAGAGCACCAAGGAGGACAGAUACAUGCUAGUUGUUAGCAUCGAUAAUUUGGAUCGAUGCCCGCACCGCCAGAUCGUCAAAGUGCUCGAAGCGGUGCAUCUGCUCCUCGAAAAAGAUAAUGUAAACGUUGCAGUCAUGUUGGCGUUGGACCCCCGCGUGAUUAUUGCGGCGAUCGAACAAGACAUGGGGGAGGGCAUACGCAAAGAGGCACAGUACCACGCCCGGAGCAGUUAUAUGUACUUCGGGGGGCAUUCGCCUUAAGGCCGUGGUGGAGUUCGUGGUAUCUGUUGAUUGGCCCCAAGCCGAGUGCUGCUGGAUGAGCACGGCUGUCCCGUUUGACAAUGUGAAGAGAUGGUAAAGUCGUUUUAUUGGUCGUCCUCGUAGACACAAGCAACGGAAGAGAGUGGGCACUCAGGUGCAUCACAAACACCGAGGCACGCGAGCAACAGUCGCAAGACGCAUUCGGAACUCGGAAUACAUGACAGCAAGGAAUGCGCGACAACUUGCCAAAGAUCCUACUACCGGAGAUACCCCGAAGAUCCAAAUGACCGAUGGACGGUCACGCACUUGCGCACCUGCAUAGCUCAAAACCACACAUGAGUACUACCGCAGUAGCCUUCGUAAGGAUGGCAUAAUCCACCUCACGAACACCCUCCCUGAUUCUGUACAUCAUAACGAAUGCUCUCAAAACCAAAGCGCUCAGGGUACUCAUAGAAAACUCCAAAAGGAAACAAAAAUAAAACAAACGAAGGGAAACCCGGCCACCGGAUCAAAACCCUCCGCCCCCACGGGUCAUCCUGCUGAUUGAACUGUCAACACAAUCAACACAGCAGUCACAAAGUUGCAAACCUACACGUCUACAACUGUCAGGCAUUUGUACUACCCCUUUUCAAGUAGUCCCCUCCCAGCCAACAUGAUCCCUACUGUAUCGAGUUGCUGUCGGCACCGCGGCGCGCCUAAGGCCACAAGCACCAAUGCCAAAUUGCAGCGGAAAAACGUAAAACCUAACGCUACAUCACAUUUUUCGCUACUCCUUCACAAGUAACUCCCUCCCAGCAACAGGAUCCCUACUGCUGUAUCCAGCUGCUGUUAGCAACGGGGCGCGUCUACAACCAACCCCGAUCACCAUUGUCUAUCACAUGACAGUGAGAGGUGCCCCCCUCGGUCUGUACAUCAAUGAAAGAUCAUAAAAAAAGGGCAAUCAACCACAUGUUAGGGGAGGGUGCCCCCUCUCAGCCUACACAUCAGAGGACGAUCGAAGCAGCAUAUCAAUCAUAAACAGUUCAUCAACCAGCCUGCUGGUACCUGCUAAUAUGAGAGACGCUGGUAGCCAUCUAUCACGAAAAAAGGCGUCAUUCAUCAGCCCUCCCUGAUUUCAGGCGAAAUAAUUCCGAACAUCAUCAAUCAAAUUGGUGUGACCGCAGUGCCCUGCGGAUCACCAUUCCUCAAAGUGAGACGACAACGGAAUGCCACACCAUCCUCAGUAUUUCAUCG